UGAGAUAACCAUCCCGCCCCGCACGGCCUCUCCACUAAUCCCCUCCUCUCCAAUCUCCAUUUCCUCAGAACGAUUUCGGAAACAGGAAGGAGAAGGCAGCCAUGGCGGUGUCGAUCGAGCUGACGAAGGAGUACGGCUACGUGGUGCUGGCGCUGGUGGCCUACGCGUUCCUCAACUUCUGGAUGAGCAUGCAGGUCGGCAAGGCCCGGAGAAAGUACAAGGUGUUCUACCCCACCAUGUACGCCGUCGAGUCGGAGAACAAGGAUGCCAAGCUCUUCAACUGCGUGCAGAGGGGGCACCAGAACUCGCUGGAGAUGAUGCCGCUCUUCUUCGUCACGCUGCUCGUCGGCGGCCUGCAGCACCCGGUCAUCGCCGCCGCGCUCGGCGCGUUCUACACCGUCGCGAGGUUCUUCUACUUCAAGGGCUACUCCACCGGCAUCCCGGAGAACCGCCUCAAGAUUGGGGGGCUCAACUUCUUCGCCGUCUUUGGGCUGAUCAUCUGCACGGCGUCAUUCGGCAUCAACCUGAUCAUCAGGGAAUCCCUCUGAUCUGCUCAAUUGAUCCAUGAGCUGACCUGCUGAGAGCUUCCGUUGCUUGAUGUGAUGUUGCCUAUAGGCGUAGGUCUUUUGUGACUUCAGUUAGCUAGGUUUUGGUAUCUUUCCUUUGGUGUUUGCUCCUUUGUUGUUAGCAAGCGAUGUGCACCCGUGCUAAAAAUAAGAUUGGUUUGUAGUUCCAUCUGAGAGACACGACUACAUGGCAUGGAGAUGGAUUGCACUUCCAGCUUCAUGCUCCUCUCUGCUUCCUUUGUAGAGGGGUUGUACUCUUAAGAGUGACCUUUCACAGCAUCAGCCAGUGUUAAGUACAGUUGUAAAUUUCUUCAUAAAUUUGUCAUGCCCUGUCCUACGAUGGUGAGGAAUGAUAACAAUGUGAAUGCAGUACUGUUCGUACCAACACUUGAACGUACAUUCCAACAUCAAACACUCCGGUCCAAGACAUGU